AUGACCACUGUACAGGCAAACGCCGUAAAUAUCCCCUCUUCAAAGAAGGGCAUACCUGGGAAACCUCCUAAUUACAAAAGACUUAGUGACGAUGACCUUUUUAGACAUUCAUCUCAGUAUCGUUUCUGGUCAUUCACACCUGAACAACUGGAACAGAGGCGUAUAGAAGUUAACGCACAAGCAGUUCAAUCCAUUGAACAAGAUUUGCGUAAUUUCAUCGAUGCCAGGAGUACUGAGCUAAAUGAAGAAGAAAUCAAGACUAUUGAAAACAGGGCCGUGCCGGUCAAUAUGGAGGAGGAGUUGAAGCUAGUAAAUUUGUACGCAAAGAAAGUACAGACGAUUGCUCAGCGUCUCAAUUUACCUACGGAGAUCGUCGCGACUUCCAUAACGUUCUUUAGACGAUUUUAUCUGGAAAACUCCGUCAUGAAGAUCGAACCCAAAGCGAUCGUCCUGACUACCAUAUUUCUAGCAUGCAAAUCGGAAAACUACUUCAUCGGCAUAGACUCUUUCUGUGAAAAGACUAGAGGGGAUAAGGAGCAAGUUUUGAAAUACGAGUUUCCCCUUCUCGAAAGUCUUAAAUUCUCACUACUAAGUCAUCAUCCAUAUAGACCGCUGCAUGGAUUUUUCCUGGAUAUACAGGCUGUACUUCACGGAAAGGUUGAUUUGAGUUAUAUGGGUCACAUAUAUGAUAGAUGUAAGAAACGAAUAACAGAUGCUUUGCUAACAGAUGCGGUCUAUUUUUACUCCCCACCUCAAAUCACACUUGCGGUACUGAUGCUAGAAGAUGAGGCUCUCACUACAAGAUACCUGGAACUGAAAUUUCACGGCAACGAUACUAAUCAAGGUAAUGCAGAGGACGAAGCAAGUAGGGGGAACGGUAAUGUCACUAUUCAGCUCGAUAAGUUGAUGAAGAUCGUCACAAAUUGCUCAAAACUUAUCGAGAAACCAACUACUGUUCCAGUAGAGGAAGCAAAAUCGAUAGCGGCCAGACUAUAUUUCUGUCAAAAUCCUGACGAUUUAUUGAAGAAGAUGAAGAAGAGAAAAGCUGAUGAACAAGAUUCCUCAGUACCUGUGAAGAAGCCCAAAACAGAAUAA